AGCACGGCAGCGCCGACGAGGGCCCGGACGCGCUGCUGCGGCCGCUGGCAGAGGGCAGCCGGGUGGCCGUGGUCUUGCUGCGCGGCUCGCUCUGCCCCGUGACGCUGGGGCACGUGCGCGGCCUCGUGGAGGCGCGGCGCAUCCUGCUGGGGGAGCCCGGCGCAGUGCGGCCCGCCCGCCUGGAGCGCUUCGCCGAGGUGGUGGGCCUCAUCGCGCUCAAGCCGAGGUGGCCCACCCUGCGGUUCGCACAUUUCUAUCUCAAUGGCGCGGACGACGUCGCAAAGUACGAAAAGUACGACUGCAGCGCCGAUUAUCGCUAUCUAGUGGAGGGCUUUUUCGUGCUCGGGCCAGAGCUCCCGGACAUCUCCGCCACCAAGGCCCGCCGGGCGCUGAGGGAGGGCGACAGGGAAACGCUGGGUGCCCUGCUGCAUCCAAGAGUCACGGAGUGGUGCCUGCAGAAUGGACCUUACCGUCCGGGCGCGCUGGCUGAGCAGCCCGCACCGGCCGAGCGCUGGUGGGGGGAGGCGUGGGGGCAGCAGCGCCGCAGCCUGGAGGGGGCGCCCGAGGAGGGCGGCAGGAAGGCCGCCUGCCGCUCGUGGGACGGCGGGGCGUGGAGCGGCUGGCAGGAGGGAGGCGGCGCCUGGGCGUCCGAGGACCGGCGCACUGCCUCCCGCGAGUGGCCACAGUGA